GUAUAAGUACACAUUAAUCUGCUUCUGGAGACUUCUAAAGAGAGAGAGAGAUAGAUGUUUCUCUCUCUGCAACACUUGCUAAUGGCCUUUUAGUAUUUAUUGAGAAGUAUACGUAUAAUACUUGAGAAAAGGGUGCGUUGGAACAAGAAAAAGAUUGUAUUUUUAAUUUCUUUUGUGAGUGAUUAUUUUGGUUUUUGAGUUUGAUGUUAUGGCUGGCGAAGAAGAUAAAAGCUGUGAUUUUUAUGCUGUUUUGGAGUUGAAGAAGGAAUGCACAUCAGCUGAGCUACGGCAUGCCUACAAGAAACUUGCUCUGAAAUGGCAUCCAGAUCGAUUCUCUGCUUCAGGGAAUUCAAAGUAUUUAGAUGAGACAAAGAAGAAAUUUCAAGCUAUUCAGCAAGCAUAUUCAGAGAAUAUCCAAUUUUUUAGAUCACUAGUCAUUUUUGUGGAUUUCCUUUGUGUUAAUGUGUUGACUUACCAUAGAAGUUGGUGGAAAACAGUGCUUUCUGACACCAACAAGAGGUUUCUGUACGAUGCAGGAGUCUAUGACUCUGAUCAUGACGACGAUAAUCAUGGAAUGGGCGAAUUCUUGAAUGAGAUGACAACAAUGAUGAGCCAAACAAAAUCCCAAGAGAGUGGGCACGAGACAUUGGAAGAACUUCAAGAACUAUUCGACAAGCUCUUCGAGAGUGACAUCAAUGGCUCAUCCCGGUCAUCUAAACCCCCAACGUGCUCCUCCUCAUCGUCCUCAGCCUCAGGCAACGAGGCCUAUGGCAUAUCCAGCAAAUGGAACUCGAGAGAAGCUGAGGCUUCCCAUUUUGAAGGAUUUUGCUUAGGGACAGGUGGAGGGUCGGGGAAACGUCCUAGCGGAGAGAGCAGUCGGAAAAGGAGUGCAAGGUUAGGUCGGAGGUAGUUUCCGACCUAGCUCACUUAUAUAUGUGGCCAUCACUAUAUAAAGUCUGGGUUACAACUAAAAAAAGUUGGGUUGCAACCUAUUUCCACCUCUAGAUAUUUAAGGAAGAUUUAAAUCCAUAACAACAAUGAUUUGAUUAGAUCUCUCUUGUAACAUUGUUGCAUUGGUUUUCUUGUAUUUACUUAAGUUUCUAUGUUGUUA